CGAUUAGUCCGAAUCCUCCCGUCUCUUAAUAUAUAUCUAGCUAAUAUGAUGUGGUACAGCCCACCAGGAAUUUCCAGGUUGACAGAAACCUUUCAAGUCUUUCACAAGAAACGAGCAAAACUCUUUAUCAUGUCCAUUCCGGACGAGUGCACUGUUCUCGUCGUGGGUGGCGGGCCUGGAGGGUCGUACACGGCCUCUGUCCUCGCCCGUGAGGGCAUCGACACUGUCCUGCUCGAGGCAGACAAGUUUCCGCGCUACCACAUCGGCGAGAGCCUGCUCCCUUCCUUCCGCCACUACCUGCGCUUCAUUGAUCUCGACGAGGAAUUCAACAACUACGGGUUCACGAAGAAGCCCGGGGCGGCGUUUAAGAUAAAUCCUUCUCGCAGGGAGGGUGUGACCGACUUCGUCAUCGACCGUGGCCCCGAGCACUACGCGUGGAACGUGAUCCGCUCCGAAGCAGACGAAAUGCUUUUCCGGCACGCAGGCAAGAGCGGCGCAAAGAUCCUCGACGGUGUCAAAGUCACCUCGGUGCAGUUCGAGCUCGCCACCACACAGAACGGGGUAAACGGCACCACGGAAACUAAUCGAGGCGAGGCGCACUCGGAGCUGCCAAACCCUGGCCGACCCGUCUCCGCCUCGUGGACCCGCAAGGAUGACGGCGCCACAGGCAUCGUGCGGUUCAAGUACAUUGUCGAUGCUACAGGGCGAGCGGGGCUGCUAAACACAAAGUACCUAAGGAACAGGCACUACAGCGCCGCGCUAAAGAACGUCGCCAACUGGGCGUAUUACACGGGAGCGGGAAAGUACGGCGAUGGAACGCAUUUGGUCAAUUCGCCGUUUUUCGAGGCGCUGCAUGACGAAAGCGGCUGGGCCUGGUUCAUCCCGCUGCACGACGGAACGACCUCCGUCGGUGUCGUGCGAAAUCAAGCCAUCGCCGCCGAAAAGAAAAGCACCGCCACCUCGCUCGAAGCCUACUUCGACGACUCACUCACCCUCGCACCCAUGCUCACCUCCCUCCUCGGCGCCGCUAGCACGCGCCAAACCCCAAUCAAGUCCGCCUCGGACUACAGCUACCACUCGAGCUCGUACGCGCUCCCCUAUGCGCGCGUCGUCGGCGACGCAGGCUGCUUCAUCGACCCGUUCUUCAGCUCGGGCAUCCACCUCGCGGUGACUGGCGCGCUGUCCGCGGGGACAACCAUUGCCGCCGCAAUCCGCGGCGACGUCGAUGAGGAAACUGCUGCGCAAUGGCACUCUGCCAAGAUCCGCGGCGGGUACGCGCGCUGGCUGCUCAUUGUGCUGAGCGUGUACAAGCAGAUGAUCCACCAGAACGAGGCGGUGCUGAGUGACUUCAACGAGGAUAACUUCGAUCGCGCGUUUGCGUUCUUCCGGCCUGUGAUCCAGGGCACGGUCGAUGAGACUGGGGGCAAGAUCACGCAGGCGGAAUUUGCGAAGACGAUUGAGUUUGUUAUGAAGGCGUUUGAUCCGAAUAUUUUCCGGGAUGGUGUCAAGAAUGCGCCCGGGCAGUCGACAGAUGAGAGGGACAAGGCACCGGCGAUGGAGUUGACAGGGGAGGAUAUGGAGGCCCUGAGAGCGAUCCGCAUGAGCCAUGGGCUGACGACGGGGUAUCUGGAGGCGUUCACGACGGAUGUUAUCCAAGGGAGACUGCCCCGGCUGGAGAGGGGGGCGUUGACGCUUGUGCCGGCUAGCUAGCGAGUAGGUAGUCCUGCUAUGUUCCACUGUACGCUAUCAUGGGUUUAGUGGCUGUGAUGCCGAAAUAAAUUGAUUGCUAUGCUAACAGAAAUCCUGCUAUCUGCUGCACUUCCAAUGCCACAGGGGUCCCCUGUAAGGAACGUCUCUCGAUGAACAAGGUCGUAUUAAACUAAAAUACGAAGCAUGGAGAACUAAUGGAGGUUCCAUGAAGCGGGACUGACUAUAUACAGAGGAUUGUCACGUGGCGAUGACCUAAGCGGGACGAGGCCCAUGACACUACCCCCCCCCCCCC